AUGAAGGUUAGGAUGGUACUCUCGUGUGAGGUGGUGAGAUAUAAUGAAGAUGGUUCAGUCCAGCUACAGGAUGCAUUUUUCCACUACGAAGUAAUCGAAAAUCUCAGGUCAACAGAUGAAUCACACGUAUUCGAUGUUGUCAUGCAAACAUUUGACGCAAGAAUUCAGAAUUUUAAUAAAAGAGGAAGCAACUGCAGAUUUCAAAGAGUGAUAUCUCUCGACAUCUAUCUUGCGGAAUUCAGACCGUUGAACGGCAGCUCUUACAUUAAACUCCCAGAAUAUAUUCAAAAGAAGAAAGCAGCAAUAAAUAUCAAGAACAAAGAUAAUUAAUGCUUCAAGUAGUGUAUAGCAUGAGCACUUAACCGUCUCAAGUCAAACCCUGAGAGGAUUUCAGAAUGUGUUUGGUCUUGAUGGCGCAAAAGUCCAUCUUCUCAGGAUCAGUGAGAAGAAUAUCAGAGAAGAGGAAGGAAAACUGAUCAUUGAUCUUCGUUUAAUAGAAGAAGAAGGUAAUCAGCAUUACUGCUUGAUCAAAAACAUCAUCAGGUUACUCUCGAAACAAGUCAGAAAGCACGAUGGUUCAUUGUUCUUCUGCCGAAGAUGUUUGAGUCACUUUCCAAAUCGAAAAAAAUUAGCAAUUCAUGAUCUAUACUGCUCAAAGAUGUUUGAGUCACUUUCCAAAUAAAGAAAAAUUAGCAAUCCACGAUCUAUACUGCUCAAACAAUGAAGCAAUACGUCUGAUCGUGAUGCCGAAAGUAAAUGGUAAAGGAAUAAUACCGUAUAUCAAAUUCAAGAAUUACAAUCGUUUUAUGAGAGUUCCAUUCGUAAUUUAUGCUGAAUUUGAAUUAUUAACAGACCCGAUUGACACAUGCGAGCUCAGUAGUGAUAAGAGCUUCACUAAGCAGUAUCAAAAGCAAAAACCACGUAGGUUCUGCUUUCACAUCGGUUUGCUUCGAUGA